UAAGAAACACAGAAGUUGCGAUGUACAGCGAUAUCUAUACCUGUUUUGGUCCUGUUUGGUGUUUAUUAUUGCAGAGCUGUACGCACCCGUUGGCCUUGUGCUUAGCCUCAUAAAGAACUUUUCGAGUUUUACGCCUGCUGAUUUUUUUAACGUACUCCAAGUAACUUUUAACGUCAGUGGAUCGACAGCUAAAACCAUUGUGGUUUUAUUUUUUUUUUCACGAAUAAAUCAGGUGGAGUCCGUACUUGACAUUAUGGACGAGCGGCUGCAUAGGGAUGACGAUCGUUGCAGGAUUCACAAAGCUGUUGCUUAUUCAAACUACAUAUUUUUAGUUUACGCUAUAAUAUAUGGGACCUUUCUUACGUCCGCAUUUGUAAUUGGUGUAUUUAAUGGGCACCCGCCGUGGUUGUUUUACAAUCCACUCUUCGAUUGGCAUAAUGGAUCUACAAGAUUUUGGCUGCAAUCGAUCCUUGAGCAAAUCGUUGUGUCCCUUACGGGGUUGACGCUUCUGGUUUCGGAUACAUAUCCUCUCAUAUUUCUGGUUAUGAUGCGAGCCCACAUCGAUGUGCUGAGGGACCGUAUUCGAAAUCUCCGCACUGAUUUACAUAAAACAGAGGCUGAAAACUAUGAUGAACUCGUCUGCUGCAUUCUGGACCAUAAGCUUAUUUUGCAAUGCUGUGCAAUUAUGCGUCCAGUUAUCUCGGGCAUCAUAUUUGUACAUUUCCAGCUAGUUGGCGUAGUGCUGGGAGUGACCAUUAUUAACAUUUUAUAUUUCUCGGAUUUCAUACACGGCAUUUCGUCGAUUAUUUAUCUUACGGGUAUCUUAUUGGAAUCAUUUCCCUGCUGCUACCUAAGCGAUUUACUUGCCGAAGAUAGCAAGGACUUAUCAAAUCUAUUGGCUCAAUCAAGCUGGAUCAGUGCUGAGCGCAAAUAUAAGUCCACUUUGAUGAUAUUUAUACAGCACGUGCAACGGCCGAUUGUAUUUGUAGCCGGUAUCAUCUUUCCUAUCUCAGUUAAUAGUAAUAUAAGGAUGGCCAGGUUUGCGUUUAGCGUGAUGACCAUAGUGCAGCAAAUGAAUCUGGCUGAUCGGUUAAAAAAGGUUACCCGUUAAAUAUUGGUUGAAACUAUCAAAAUUUUUAUUGACUGUUGUUAUUUGUGUUGUUAAUUU